AUGCAGGCUAAAGAAUAUAGAGCUAGAAAGGUACAAAUCUUCAACGACUCACAAUUGGUGACUUCGCAGAUAGAAGGAAAGUAUCAGGCCAAAGGUCCUAUACUAAUGAAAUACUUGAACAAAGUUCAAGAAAUGAUGGCCGAUUUUGAUGAGGUGCAGGUUACUCACAUCUCUCGAGGGGAGAAUAGCCGAGCUGAUAUCUUGUCAAAAUUAGCAAGCACCAAGAAUCCGGGUAACCACAGAACAAUGGUACAACAAAUCAUAACAAUGCCGAGCUGCGUGAUGGUGAUAACCUCGGCAAAUGACUGGAGGAAACCCAUAAUGGCUUACCUGGAAAAAGGAAUAUUUACAGAAGAUCGUCUGGAAUCCAAAAAGCUGGUUCGAGAUGCGACACAAUACAUAAUUGUGAAUGAUCAGCUAUUUAGAAAGGGUUUGCACAUCCCUAUGCUGAAAUGUUUGAACUCGGAAGGAGCAGAAUAUGUCCUCGCCGAGAUACAUGAAGGAAUCAACGGUCAUCACAUGGGAGGCAAAGCUCUAGCUGGAAAGGCCCUUCGAGCUGGGUAUUAUUGGCCGACAAUGGAGGCAGACUCUAAAGAACACGUCAAGAAAUGUGAUAGCUUCCAGAAACAUGCCAAAUUAUUCCUUUCACCACCUGAAGAACUGAAAUGCGAGAAAUCUCGGCUCCAUGGCCCUUCUUCAAAUGGGGAAUCGAUUUACUGGGAUCCUUCAAAGCUGCUGAGGGGCAACAUAAGUGUUAAUGAAAUACCUACAAGUCACACAUCGCUUGCAUCUGUGGAACACCCACAGUCGAAUGGGCAAGCCGAAGUAGCCAACAAAGUGAUUGUGAACGGUCUCAAGAAACGAAUGUUUGAUGCUGAAGAAAGCUGGGUUCAACAGCUAUACUUUGUCCUAUGGGGUUACAGAACGAGUACCCAAACUGCAAUAGGAGAAACCCCUUAUCGACUAACGUAUGGAUGUGAAGCUAUGAUUCCGGUGGAAGUUGGAGAACCCUCUUGGAGAAGGCUGAAUAGUCUUGAACAAGGCGAGCAACAAAAUAGUAAACUACUUACAGAGGAGUUAGAUCUUGUAGACUAA